UAAUGUUUUAUGGUAAAAUUCCAGACAAAUAAAACGUGUGUAUUUGAGACUAUCAUUUCGUUGACAAUGCUCUGCUUACGAAACAAUGUUGAAAAUGGGUCUAACAGCAUAUGCUGUCAAAUACGUUCAAAGCGAUAGUAAUUUUUAUGACAUUUCAUAGUUCAAUAUAUUAAAAUUCAGUAUAUGACGAUCGUUAUCACUACAAUCAAUUUCAUGUGUUAUUCAGCAAAGGAGAAAUUACAUACUCAGUAUAUAUUUCAAGGGCACACAAGCGUGACGUUACUACAGCAAAGUUCGUUUUCCAGCUCACCGCGAUUUAAUAAAAUGUUCAAACUCUCUUUUCUUCUGUUGCUGCGGUCGUGAAAUGAGGUUAAUCGCCAUUGAAUUCCAUUGAAUAAAUGAAUGAAAAUUAACCAGUUUUAUUUGACAAGUGAGCAAUGGAUUUACCAAAAACUGACUCGGUGCUGGCCGCAGAAAUAAAUAACAAAGGCAUACUAACGUUAAAUCGACCGAAAGUUUUAAAUGCCGCCAAUCAUGAAAUGGCCGAAAAAGUAUUUAUCGCACUAAACAAGUGGCAAAACACCAAAUCGAUGAUUAUAAUCAAAGGUAGUGGCGAUAAAGCGUUUUGUGCCGGUAGUGACCUCAAAAAGUUGAUUGAACCGAGUGAAUACGAUAUUAGUAUAAAGUUUUUCAAAGUGGAAUACACCGUCAAUUUUAUGAUAGCAAAUUUGAAAAUUCCAUAUGUAUCGCUAAUCGAUGGCAUUAUCAUGGGCGGCGGCGUGGGUUACUCUGUUCAUGGGAAAUAUCGCGUGGCAACAGAACGAACGGUUUUCGCAAUGCCCGAAACUAUUAUCGGUGCAAUGCCGGACAUUGGCAGCUCGUACUUUUUGCCACGACUUCAAGGAAAUCUCGGCUAUUAUCUUGGUCUAACGGGCUCCAGAUUACAUGGUAUCGAUGCGUUGCAUGGUGGCAUAGCAACACAUUACUGUGAAAGUGCACAAAUUCUGGAGCUGGAACAAGCGUUAAUUAACUUGGAAAAUGCGAAUGAUAUCGAAAAGGUUCUUGAUCAAUUCUGCCCAAAAAUCAACAAAGAAUUUAGUUUAGCCAAAUAUCUCCCGCAAAUAAACAAGUGUUUCAAUGCCUCAACGAUAGAAGGCAUUUUGAAAAACCUAGAAGAAGAUGGUACAGAAUGGGCGAAUGAAACCACCAAGGUUCUUCGAACGGUUUCACCAACAAGUUUGAAACUAACUCUUCACCAACUACAGCUGGGCGCCACUUAUACACUCGGAGAAUGCUUGCAAAUGGAAUACCAAUUGGUUCAUCGUAUUUUGAAACACAAGGAUUUUCACGAAGGCGUUAAAGCGUUACUAGUUCGCAAAGACAACAAGCCAAAGUGGGAUCCAUCGCGAAUCGAAGAUGUGUCCAUUGACAAGCACGUUUUACCAUUUUUCGAGCCCUUGCCCAACCAUGAUGAGCUGCCAAUAAGCGUUAAACUGGUUUCCAAAUUCUAGGGUCAUUGAAAUAUGCUGUUAUUGCGGAAAUGAAGAGGAAAUCAUUCCAAAAAUAUAAAUGAACGUUCAAAAAUACGAAUCCGUUUUUAAAUAAGAUAAUGAUCAAUUAAUUUUGUUUAUAUAAAUUGGGUUAUUAUACCAAAAAAAACA